UCGCCACAUAAAACUAAAGGGAAAUAACAGUGCCUCACAAAGAGGUGGAAACAUUUGCAUGCGUCCACCAGACAAGAUGAGUCUCUCUAAGUGCGCCCUGCUGGUUUUAAUUCUUCAUUUAUGUGUUUGCCAUUGUAUUGCGUCCUCUUGGACCGUGGACAUCCCCUCCACAGUCAAGGCUCUAGUGGGCUCUUGUGUGGUGAUCCCCUGCUCCUUUGACUACCCUCCUCCACAACAAAAUGUUACUCAGUUGACAGGAAUUUGGACUGAUUCAACAAGCCAUUUAAUUUACCACCCACAAGAGCGGAAAGCACUGGUUCAAUAUCGAAACAGGACAAAGUUACUGGGAGACCUCCGCCUCAAGAACUGCUCACUCAAGAUUGAUCCUGUGCAAACAAGUGACAAAGGGCCAUACCAUUUUAGGAUAGAGAUUGCAGCAUAUAAUAAUUAUUCCUACAAACAAAAAGCUGUUUCUAUUACAACUACUGAUGUUCCAGAGCCUGUUGUGAUUUCCGUGAAAAAGGAAGUACUAUUGGCUGAUUCAGUGUCUGCGCACUGCUCCGUGUCUCACUCGUGCCCUCAGUCUCCACCGCUCUUAACAUGGUCUCGUGCAGGACACGUGCAGGUCCACCAUGAAAAGACAGGGGGCGCUGAGUGGCGAACAAAUUCAACACUCACUUUUCAGGCAAGUCGUAGCGACCACAACAAGCUUCUAGAGUGCACAGUGAGCUACAGAGGAGGGAUCCAAAGGACUGCAAACACGGUUCUGACAGUUAAAUAUGCUCCAGAGAUUAGAAAUGCAUCAUCCUGUUACCAUGAGGGUCAUCAUGUAAGGUGCAUGUGUAUUGCUAAGUCCAGCCCUCCCAGUGAAGUCCACCUGCUCUCAGAGGGACAGCUGCUGGACACCACCACAGAGCGCUAUGGCCUGCUCUCAAUUGUGACUCUACAGGCAGACAUAGGACUGUUUAGUUCUGUCACAUGCAUCGCCAACAACACUGUGGGCAGCACCACUCUGCUACUGCCUUUAUCUCAGAGUAAGAUAAUCUGUUUAUGUUUAAAGCAGAACAAACAUUUAAAAAAUCUUUAUUUUUAUAUUACAGGCAAUAUUUAUAUUUACAUUGGUGUUAGCAUCGGAGCAGCUGUUCUGCUUUUAAUCAUACUCCUCGUAGUAGUGGCAAGAAAAUGUUCUCAGAGAAAACGUAACAGUGAGUCUACUUCUCUUAAACACAAUCAUGACCUAGGACUGGAGAGUGCAAAGUACACUGCUCCAAUGAGAAAGAAAUGUCCUGAUGUCCAUUACCCAGAUUUAGAUUACAGUGAUCACACAUAUGGUAAUGAAGAGACCUUUGAUCCAGAGGAUGAUGCAGUGUAUGCUAAUGUCUGACAUAAAUUGACUCUUCCUAUCCUGUAAUAUAAGAUGUUUGGUGAAAGGAACACAUGACAUGUCUAAAACAAGUAAAAGACAACUAACAGACCUGA